AUGACUACGAACCCAACCUCAAAGAAAGCCCACAAUCUCCUCGAAAAUCCACACGUCUCGUUACUAGUCCACGAUUGGGUAUCUCAUCGUCCACCUACCGGAAAUAGGGCUUCCAGUCCUCCGCGAAACGCAGGGGCAAGAAGUAGUUUGGCGGAGAUGUUGAUAGGAUUGAAUACGAGUGCCAUAAGUAGUAUAAGUGCGACGAUUAAUGGAGAAGCAAGGGUGGUAGAGAAGGGGGGAGAGGAGGAGAAAUGGUUAAGGGAAAAGCAUUUAGAGAAUUGUGUCUUUCUUGGGGAAGAGGGAGUGAGGGCUGGGGAGGGAGAUGGUGGCAGAGUCUUCGUAGAGGGGGAAGAGGUUAGAGUCGUUAGUGUGAAGUUGGGAGAUGGGAGGGUUAGUGAUUGGAAGGGGGCGGUUAGAGAUUGGGUCUUGGAUGAUGGAGGCGAGGGGGAGAACGGCGUGGAGAGUGAGACUUUGUUGAACGGAAUCCAUUGA